UGUUCCGGUAAAUCAGCAGGUAAAUAAUAAAUCAUAGAAAUGGACUGUCACUGGAAGAGAUUGAGGGGGUUCGGGGAAUCUUCUCCACAGAUACUCGCGAAGCUGCGGCUUUUUACUCUCACAUUAUUCAUAGAAAGCAAAGCUGAUACCAUACCUUGAAUUCUCAUCUCUCUGUCGGCAAAGUGUAAAAGGAGGGGAACAAAAGAAUAUCAACCUUUGGGAAGUUGGCGGCCUAAUUCGGCAACUAUAAGUACUGUUAUCGAGGUUUUUUCUGCUGGCUCUGUGCUUCUUCUUCGGAUACAUAAUUUGAGUUUCAACUCUGUUCUUUCCCGAAGGCCGAUGGAGUCCCGGCAUUUUUGGAGAUUGGAGUUGUUAAAGAUGAUUCAGGGGAUAGAUGUUUCUUAACUGUGCAAUGUUUAUUCACGUCAAUCUUUGCGUUUUUGUGCAUUUCAGACAAUGGGUUGGAUUGAGAAGUCAACGAUGCUCUUUUUGGCUUUGAUUCUUCUGGUGCUUGCAACCUUUCAGGAAGUAAUGUCCGAUGAACACCAGCCUCUCUCAAAAGUUGCCAUUCAUAAGACAAUAUUUGCUCUUCAUGAACAUGCUUAUAUCAAAGCCACUCCCAAUGUCCUUGGAUUGAGGUUUAAUGGGCAAAAUACAGAUUGGGUUAAACUGGAAUAUAGUAAUCCUAAACCAUCACGUGAUGAUUGGAUCGGUGUAUUUUCUCCGGCAAAUUUCAGCGCUUCUACCUGUCCUGGGGAAAACAGAAUGGCUGGUCCUCCAUUCUUGUGUUCUGCACCUAUUAAGUUUCAGUAUGCAAAUUUCUCCAGUAAGGAGUACAGAAAAACAGGAAAAGGUUUCUUGAAGCUUCAGCUCAUUAAUCAAAGAUCAGACUUCUCUUUUGCUUUGUUUACGGGUGGUUUAUCAAAUCCCAGACUAGUUGCAGUUUCAAACAAAAUAUCCUUUGUGAAUCCAAAUGCUCCAGUAUAUCCACGAUUAGCACAAGGGAAAAAUUGGAAUGAGAUAACUGUAACUUGGACAAGUGGAUAUGGGAUUGAUGAAGCUGAACCUUUUGUUGAGUGGGGUGUUGAAGGUGGAAACCGUGUGGCAUCUCCUGCUGGGAUCCUGACUUUUGACCGUAAUACCAUGUGUGGUGCACCAGCAAGGACCGUGGGAUGGCGUGACCCUGGAUUCAUACACACAAGUUUUUUGAAGGAGUUGUGGCCCAACAGAAGGUACGCAUACAGGCUUGGACAUAGAUUAUUUAAUGGUACAAUUGUUUCAAGUCAGGAAUACCGGUUCAAAGCACCUCCUUUCCCUGGGCAAAAUUCACUGCAGCGUGUAGUCAUAUUUGGUGACAUGGGAAAGGCUGAAGCUGAUGGUUCCAAUGAAUAUAACAAUUUCCAGCCUGGAUCACUCAACACUACAAAGCAAAUCAUUGAUGACUUGAAGGACAUCGAUCUAGUCUUUCACAUUGGUGAUUUAUGCUAUGCUAAUGGAUAUAUUUCACAGUGGGAUCAAUUUACUUCACAGAUUGAGCCCAUUGCAUCAACUAUACCUUACAUGAUAGCGAGUGGCAACCAUGAGCGUGACUGGCCAGGAACUGGAUCAUUUUAUGGCAACCUGGAUUCUGGAGGAGAAUGCGGUGUACUGUCUCAGACAAUGUUUUAUGUUCCUGCUGAGAACAGGGAAAAAUUCUGGUACUCUGUUGACUAUGGGAUGUUCAGGUUCUGCAUAGCAGACACAGAACAUGAUUGGAGAAGAGGAUCAGAUCAAUACAAAUUCAUUGAGCACUGCCUAUCAUCGGUUGACAGACAGAAACAGCCAUGGUUGAUAUUUCUUGCUCACCGGGUUCUGGGAUAUUCUUCUGCUAGUUUUUAUGUAGCAGAAGGCUCUUUUGAGGAGCCAAUGGGAAGGGAGGACCUUCAAAUUCUCUGGCAAAAGUACAAGGUUGACAUAGCCAUGUAUGGACAUGUCCACAACUAUGAAAGAACAUGCCCAUUGUACGAGAAUAUCUGCAGAAGUAAAGAGAAGAACAAUUACAAGGGCUACUUGAACGGGACGAUACAUGUAGUGGUUGGUGGAGGAGGAGCAUCACUUGCAGAAUUUGCCCCCAUAAACACGACAUGGAGCAUCUUUAAAGACCAUGAUUUUGGAUUUGUCAAACUCACAGCGCUUGAUCAUUCAAACCUCUUGUUUGAGUACAAGAAGAGCAGUGAUGGACAGGUUUAUGACUCUUUCAAGAUAUCCAGGGAAUACAGAGACAUCUUGGUUUGUGCUGUUGAUAGUUGCUCGCCCACAACAAUGGCAUCUUGAUUUUGUAUUUAGUUUGUUGAAUAAUAUGAUGAUCUGUGCGGACUUGAGAAGGACAAUGUGGUCGGCUAUUGAAUAUUUCAAUGAUGAUGCAAGAAGUGUGAAGGAAUGUGUAAAUAAGAUUGCAUGAAAUGGAUAUUUAGUUUACUAAAAAAUAAGGUCGACGUAUCUUCCCAUGGAAUUUGCAAAGCGAAGUGAGUUGUUCAUGGUGAAACGUGUCUUUCUUUUGAUCCAGAAUUUAAAAUGAGAAUAUAUAAUUCUAAUAAAUAUUGAGAUUAGGUCUAUGGGUCCA